AUGAGAACUGAAGUAACAAAGAUACUUAAUUUAAAAAGAUUCUUCCAAAUUGUAGAAUCAAAUAAACAAAAUAUUAUUUACAAACUAGAAAAGCCUAGUAUAAUAUUAAUGAAGAAUAUUCAUACUAACUGGCUAGUGUCAAUAUUAUCAAAAACUCACAAACAUUUUCCUGUAUUUUUAAACAACAAAUUCACACAGAAUAAAGAAAGAAAUAUACCAUUUGGGUUCAUAAGUGACAGUCAACUGGAAAGUACUGAGGAUGAGGUUUUUAAAUACAACUUGGAAGAAGUGCCGAAAGAAAAGUAUAUGUUGCAAUUUAACCUGAUAGUGCCAGAACAGGACAGUAUGCAGUAUUUCAUCCAGUGGCAGAGAUAUAGAAAAUUUUGGUGGAGUUCUAUAACAACGACACCUAGUCUCUUUAGCAUAGGAGACAUAAGAAACGGCAGUAACACGUCUGAAGUCAACAUAGUCGCCAAGUUUCCCUGGGGCCCUGAAACUGUUGAAACACUAAAUAUGAAGCCAAACCACUCCAUUGCAGAAAACACUACGCAUCUGUCUUGCGCGAUAAGUGCAGAGAAAGCCUUACUGACAUUGUUUUUAGACGGACAAUCAAAUAGUACCAAAGAAGGAUACCUGAGACUCCACAGAAAAAUGGCUCCUUUUAAAAUUUCUUUCGCGUUAGAUGAAGCAUCAAAAAAUAAGGAUACUCUAAAAGAAUUAGCGAGUCUGCUUCAUGGUCGGCUAGCCAAAAACAAAAUAUCAACAUGGAUUCCAGAUUUUACUCUCACAGCAGAUAAUCAGUUAAAGGAAAAUCUACAAAUGGGUGUGGCGUACACCGCGGUUCUCAGUGAAGAUACUCUAAACAAUGGGAUUUUCCACCUUUUAAACAGCAGUACCAUGUUAAAAGAACAAGUGCAUGUUGCAGACUUCGAUGCAUAUGCUGCUUUAAUAUUUGAAAACUAGUGAUGUUAUAGUGAUAUAGUAAUUGUGUUAAGUUUAAAGAUUUUGCCAUAAAUAAAGUAGAUAAAUAUUGUU